AUGUGUUCAACGAACAGUUUCCCUAGUAUGGCGAAAAUUGGUGGUUUUGACCCGCUCAUCGCAGCCAUCCCCGCCACGAAAGUUGAAAUCACGGUUUCGUGCAGAAACCUGCUGGACAGAGAUACAUUCUCCAAAUCUGAUCCAAUUUGUGUGCUGUACACUCAAACAGUGACAACCAGGGAAUGGACAGAAUUUGGGAGAACAGAGGUCAUCAAUAACACUCUGAACCCUGACUUUGUGCGAAAAUUCAUCCUUGAUUAUUUCUUUGAGGAGAGGCAGAACCUGCGCUUUAACCUGUAUGACCUGGACUCAAAGAGCGAAAACCUGUCCAAACAUGACUUCUUGGGCCAGAUGUAUUGUACCCUGGGGGAGGUGGUGGGCUCUCCAGGUAGUCGCAUGGAGAGACCUCUCAUGGGAAUUCCUGGUAAAAGCUGUGGGACCAUCGUUGUUAAAGCAGACGAACUUGGAAAUUGCCGGGAAUCAGUAUUGCUGCAGUUUUGUGGAAACAAAUUGGACAAGAAGGAUUUCUUCGGCAAGUCAGACCCAUUCCUUAUCUUUUACCGCAGCAAUGAAGAUGGAACGUACACCAUUUGCCAUAAAACUGAAGUGGUGAAGAACACUCUGGACCCUGUGUGGCAGGCCUUCAAAAUCUCAGCUAGAGCCCUGUGCAAUGGUGACUAUGACAGAGCAAUAAAGAUUGAGGUGUAUGACUGGGACAGAGAUGGGGGUCAUGACUACAUUGGAGAGUUCAAGACCAGCUACAGGGAACUGUCCAAAGGCCAGGUUCAGUUCAACAUGUGGGAGGUGCUGAACAUGAAGAAAAAGAAGAAGAAGAAGAAAUAUCUAAAUUCAGGAACCGUGACACUGUUGUCAUGCCUCAUAGAUGUUGAAGUGACUUUUUUGGACUAUAUCAAAGGAGGUACUCAGAUUAAUUUCACGGUGGCAAUCGAUUUUACUGCAUCCAAUGGCAACCCGUCACAACCUACCUCUCUCCACUACAUGAACCCAUACCAACUUAAUUCCUAUGCCAUGGCACUGAGAGCAGUGGGGGAGAUCAUUCAGGACUAUGACAGUGAUAAAAUGUUCCCUGCACUGGGAUUUGGAGCCAAGCUGCCCCCUGAUGGCAGAGUAUCACACGAGUUUGCCCUGAAUGGGAAUCCAGACAACCCAUACUGUACUGGCAUCGAAGGAGUACUGGAUGCAUACUACCAGAGUCUGAAGAGCGUACGUCUCUAUGGUCCCACAUAUUUCUCACCCGUCAUUAACCAUGUAGCCAGAUAUGCCUCUUUAGUGAAGGAUGGCUCAGAGUACUUCAUUCUCCUCAUCAUUUCAGAUGGCGUCAUCUCUGACAUGGCUCAGACCAAGGAAUCCAUUGUAAAUGCAUCCUGUCUUCCAAUGUCAGUAAUAAUAGUAGGAGUUGGGUCAGCUGAAUUUGAUGAAAUGAUUGAAUUGGAUGGGGAUGAAGUCAGGGUCUCAUCCAGAGGAAGAUUUGCAGAGAGAGAUAUUGUACAGUUUGUACCGUUCCGAGACUACAUUGACCCUAGGGGGAACCACAUUCUUAGCAUGGCCCGCUUGGCCAAGGAGGUCCUGGCUGAAAUCCCGGACCAGUUUCUGCAUUACAUGAGAACCAGAGGCAUCAAGCCGAACCCGACAGCUCCUUCUCACUCCUCCAAACCACAGUCAACAGUAGCACACUCAGCACAUCCACUGCAGACCCAGAUCUAAGUAAGAUCAUGAGAGCUCUUGUUCAUACACUUCACUCUCUGUCUGCAUCAUAAAUGGUCCACUGGGGUUAUGCAUUGAGGUUUCUACAUUCUGUGUCAUACAGUAGCUGUGUCUGAAGGAGAUGGCAGGGUUUUGCUUGACUUCAGUCUGUAGCUGGCAGUGCUCUUCAGUGGACUCAUACAGGUAUUAAUGUUGCUGGUCGGGAAAUUUUCAGAACUUUCAAAAUUUUAAACUGAAUGAUUAGAAUGUUUUUCAUGCAUAUCCAAUUGAGUGAUAUCCAUCCUCAUUAUAUACUUUUUUUUCUGUCUACAUGCUAAAGUGUGAGCUUUCUUCAUCUACACAAGAAGAUAGUUUUGUACCUCAGAUAUUAAUUAUUAAAGCUCUGUAAUGUUCAACAACAAUGGGUUGUGUAACAACAGCAGACAGAGCAGGUCUCUAAGAUGCAGAGUACAGCAAAGAUGUUUGACCUAUGAAACAUUUCAGAUUGUUUUAGCCUGCUGCCUCAUUGUGAUUCUUUCCAAGUUUUACAGGGGCUAAAACAAGCCAUAUUCUUAAAUACUAAUCUGAAGCUGCUUGCACAUCUGUAUGUACAAGAAGUACAAGUCUUACAAACACAAAUACUGCUGUCUACAUGUACAUAUCUACAGUUGCUUUCACACACUAACAACAAAUCAACAAAUUAAUGAUUUAAUGAUAUUCAGGUUUGUUUGUUUUUUUGUUUUUUUUACUGUAGCUACAGCAGCAUUUCAUUACAUGCACUUUUGAAGUAGAUUAUUUGAAAUACUUACACAUUUACAAUGAGAUCCAUAUGUAAGAGGAGCUUUUGAACGAGAACCUAGUAAGACACAGAGUACUGCACUUGUCAGUGAAAUCAGGAAGCACUGGCGUAUAAAUGAAGCAUAACUGGUAAACUUCUUCGCUUGCUCUUUCUUUUUUCAUAAGUAUCAUUUGGUUUGUUGUUCAUCAUUCACAUAUAUUAGAACAUUUUGCACAGAUACUAUGCUUAUCCCAUGAGUUCACUAAAAUGGAAAUUAGAGCAUGUCAGUGUGUUUUUAAGAAAAUGGGAAAAUAAAGGACAGUUUUGCAAGAGGUCUAGAGAACUACAUUAAAUCAUAUUUGCAUUGUUUAGACAGUUUUGGACCGCUGGAAUCUGCUCCAGCAACCUUUAACCCAUGUAAAGCCAUGAAACACUGGACUUCAUUUAUUUAGCAUGACAGGAUAUCACCUUAACUUUCAUCCACUCAUGCUGAAACACAUACAUUAUAAAACAUACAUGAAGUAUGCAUGAAAGUUUAAAACACAAUGUACUGGAAUUGGAUUAUUUCCUGUUCUGUCAUCAAGCUUGUUCUUUGCAAAGUCCAGUGGACAAAACUGUACAUUAUAACUGAAUGAAUUCUGAAUUAAUGCAAUGCCAACAUUUACCAUGUGGCUGUUCUAAUUACUUAGACCAAAAUUAUUAAUGUGCUUUCUUUGACUAAGAAAACCUACUAGCUGGCUCUCACAGAUGCAUAAGGUACAACUAUGUAUAUGAAGUGAAAAGAGAAUUUAAGGCAGAACUGCGAUAAGGCAAUCCAUAUAUAACAAAGUAAUAAAAACAAAAAUGGUAAUAGAUUUAGUAGUGACCAUAGUAUUUAGUGUCCAUAUUUUCUUACAGAUGUGGACUAUUACAUGAGAGGAUGUGGCUAUUUAUUUGAUCACUCGUAGUAGACCGUGUAGAAUGUUUUCUGAGGUAAGAAGAAAUGUUCUUUGCUGAUAAUUGUAGCUUUGUUAAAUACAGCAUAGCAAUUGUUAGUUUGACACUGUUGAUGAUUUGAAUUAGUUAAGUUCAGCACUGUAUGUUCUCCCUACUCCUGAAAUUAAUACAAAGUGUAUUGUCAUACUUUUGUUCCCUGAGCACAAAACAGUAGUCUGACCUCUUUUUAUUCGGUCAUUUCAUAGGCUACAACACUAUAUUUACCUUUUAAAUAUGAAUUUGAUGGUUAUUCAAUGUAAUAAUUGUAAAUAGGAUAUAUUCUGAAAAUCUCAAACAGCUGUUGUUCACUUCUUUUCAUUAUAGAGAUUUGAUUAGUAUUAUCUGCAUCAUGUUUGCAUGUGCAAGUUUUUGAAAAGUAAUAUACCUUUUUGAAUAGUAAUGGAUUUUGCCUUAAUAUAUCACUCUAUUGAUGGAUUAAUUAUAUGCCUUUACUUUAGGUUUAAGUGUUUGUUCUUUUAACAACCUUUUGCUCCAAGAUGUGAUUUACUUGUAUAAGAUCUUAUAAUAUGUAAAGAAUUUCUAAACUGUGAGUAAAAGUAAUUCACUUGGGUGCAUGCUGGGGGUAUUACAAAAGUACACUACAGAACAAACCUUAAUAGCUGAUAAUAAAUCUUUUAAAUAUUUUUAUAUGAAUAUUGUUGCAUGAUCCAAGAAGAAUAACACUUGCCAGUGUCUACAACCAUGACUGGCUGUACAAUAUAUAAAUGUGCUCGACGUAUUUAGAUAAAUGUUACAGAUUUUAUAAUUAUUUAUAUCUGUUGUAAAGUACGAAAAACUAGUAGCCUAUAUUUGUAAAUAUUUUGUCACUGACCAGAGAAUCAUAAAAUGAGGUCAACAUAAGACUAUAAAUUGUUCUCAUAUGAAACUUCAAUGUCAAUUUAAAUCACAUUAUGAAAUGUAAUUUUUAAAUAAACUGUAUUAUUUACAA